AUGAAGAAUUAAGGAGUCUUUGAUCCAACAGCUUUAGAAAGAGCAGCAAUAGUAUUUCUUAUUAAACUAUUAAAAUAGGCCUUACGUGAAUUAAAUUAGUCUCCACAUGCUGCUAAAGCCCUUGAAGCCAUGAUUAAGACUGAAGAGGCCAAAAAAGCAGAUAAACAAGCAUUGCAAAAAUAACAUGAAAUUUCAAAGGUUAAAGUUGAAGGAGAAGAGAGAAGAAGAAAUAUGGAUCAUCAAAAAUAAGUGAAUUAAUAGAUAGCAGAUUAUAAUGAUAAAUUGGAAAGAGAAAGAACUAAAGAUAAAUUGAAAGAGAAAGAAUUGACUGCCUAAAGAAUGAGAGAGGAGGCUGAAGAAUCAAUUAGAAGGUAAGAAAAUAUGAGGAGAGAAACAUUAACAUUGUAAAUGAAAAAAUAAUUUGAAUUAGAGGAAAAAAAAAUAACUUUAUAAGCUAAACUAAAUGCUGAGAAUUAUAGAAAGAAUUUUGAUUUAAUUAUUUAAGAAUAAGAAAAGAAAUCUUAAAUAGAAAAAUAAGCUAAAAUUGAAUUACAUAAUCUUUAUUUUGCUAAAUUUUAAGAGGGAUUUAAAUACUUGUAAUAAAAUCCAUAGGGUCUUUUUACAAUUGCAAAAGUAAUGUUGUUUGUAAGUGGAGCCUUUUUCUUCAGUAAAUAUAGUUUAGGACUUGGAUUCAAACGUUUAGAAGCUAUGCUUACAAAACCUACUUUAGUUAGAGAAACUUCUCGUCGUUCAUUGAAAUGGAUGAUGCCCAGUUCUAAACGAAUAUUUGAUAAAAUAAUCUUAAAUCCUGAGCUUGAACUCACACUCAAAUUGAUUACAUCUGGAUUUAUUGCCAAAUAGAGUUAGUCUGCUCCAUUAAGAAAUUUAUUAUUUCAUGGUCAACCAGGAACAGGUAAGACUUUAUUUGCCAAAUUACUUGCUUAUAAUUCAGGACUACACUUUGCUAUAAUUUCAGGUGGAGAUAUUGAAAAAUUGGGAGAAUAGGCAGUUCCUGAGAUUGAUAAAUUAUUUUCUUGGUGUUAAUCUACACCAAAAGGAACAUUAAUAUUUAUUGAUGAAGCUGAGGCUAUAUUCUAUAAAAGAAGUUCUUCAAAAUAAACAUCUGCUGCCUUAUCAACAUUUUUAGCUUAGACUUCUGCUGCUUCAAAGAAAUAUUCUUUAAUAUUAGCAACUAAUUUACCAAAUAAAUUGGAUGAAGCUAUUUUAGAUAGAAUAGAUUAAAUUGUUAAAUUUGAUUAUUUGAAUGAAGAAUAAAGAGUUAAAUUAUUAAAAAAAGGAUUUGAGGAUACUUUUUAAAAAAGUAACAUGCUUUCUUUGAUAUUGAAUCCAGCCAAAGCAUUUUCAAAGAGAUUCAAAGUUAAUUUUAAUCUUUCAGAAGAUGAAAUCUAAUCUUUAGCAAAAUAAAUGGAAGACUUUUCUCCAAGAUAGAUUGAUAAAUUUAUUAUUUCAUUAUAUGAUGCAGCUUUAGGUUAGUGCAUUAUUGAUAGACAAAACCAAUAUUGUGUUGAUAUAGGAUUUGCUAAUAAUAUAUUACAAAGAUCACUUUAUGAGAAUUCACUAAGAUAAUAAUGGUCUACAUAAAUAUGA